AUGCCAGCAGCGCGAGCCUGCAGCCUCUUCGCAGCCGCCGCCGCCCUGUGGGCCGCCGCCCUAGCGCUGCCACCCGCUGGGGGGCCCUACACCAUCCGCCUGCUGCAGCAGGAGAGCGUGCUCGUCGUGGGCGACCAGCCGCCGCCGCCCCCGCCGCCCCCGCACCCUCUGCGCGACGUGCUCAGCACGAUGCUCCGCUACCUGCCCAUCUGGACGGACCAGCACCGGCCACCGGUCGUGGAGGGUCUCGAGGGACCGCUGAUGGAUCGCUUCACGACUACGACAGCGGCAACGACCACCUCCAACAGCACGAGGAAGGGCAUCCUCAGCUUCAUCAACGCGCCCGACAGGCCCUGUCCCGGCAACCAGCGCAGGGACGUCACCGGCCAGUGCAGGGAGCCGUGGUAGUUGCCGGCGCGGCGCCCCGGGAGGCCCGGCGAGUCGCCUGCAUCUUCAGAAGGCCACCUAGCUACAGGAGAGCCGUGCUGCCGCUUGUGGUUGUUGGGAAACGCGUCUCUCCAAUGGCUCGAACAAUGCAUCGUGUAACUCUUCUAAAGAAAUACAGUAAAACAACGUCUGUGUCAUUCGUCAGACAAGCAAAUCGACUAUGUGAAUAAGAUAAGAACUUCAGAAUUCUGAAGAUACGACUAAGGAAUCUGUGAUGAAUUAAAAAUCAACAGCAUGGCUCCAGAUUACAGAAAGUUUAUUCAUUCGUUUAUGAAUCUGCCGUACCUGUCUCUUACGUAGUAUUGCCUCAACUACCAAACACGUAGCGCUCAGCUUUGCUUCGAAAUCAGAAAUGUCUCCUGUAUUACUUCUUAUACAAUAGUGGCAGUUCAUUGCAGAAUUUUUUAGGAAUAUGAAACUAAAACAUUAAAGCAAUUUGUUACAAAUACCAAGCAGCAUCAUUCAUUGUAUAAUUAAUGUUAACACUCUUCCAUCAUCACUUAUUUAUUUUUAUGUAUAUAAGAUUUU